UACUGUAGGUUUUUAAAAGCAGGAGGGGUGGGAUGGGUUUCAGAGUGUGUGCCAUGAAAAAAAAUCCCUCCUCACCCAAUUGGAAAAGGGAUGAGUUUUUAUUGAGCCGUGAUUGAACCAAUGACAGCUCAGUGCCGGGAAAUACAGCAGCGAAACACCAGGGGCUGUGGUGCUGAGCAACGAUUGCAGGGUGUGAGACUGGAAAUCUCUCCAAGUGCCCUGCGCGCUCUGCGAAGUUUCUUUCUUCAGCCCCCCUUCUGCAUCACCACCCUCCUCUUGGUGCAGUGAGGAUACACACGGUACAGAGGGUUCCUGAGCGGUCAAGCCAGAUAUUAUGAAGUGGAACCUCUUCAAAAAGAAACCAGAAGCCAUGGUGGGCCCAGAGCCCACGGGACUCGGCGUCACCCACCCGUCGCACACAAUGACGAUGGCCCCCGCUGUCUCCACAUCUGCGGACAACUCCACCGAAUCUGAGGCACCCGUCAACAAGAAUGAUGUCUUUGAGGAAAUCAAAAGCAAGUUCCUCAAUGAGAUCGAUAAAAUCCCACUGCCUCCAUGGGCGCUCAUCGCCAUCGCUGUAGUGGCCGCCCUCCUCAUCCUCACCUGCUGCUUCUGUAUCAUUAAGAAAUGCUGCUGUAAGAAGAAGAAGAACAAGAAAGGCAAAAAGGGAAAGGAUGGCUUCAACAUGAAGAACAUGCAGGGUGGAGAUAAACAACAGGAUGAUGACGAUGAAGAAGGAGAAACUGGUUUGACAGAGGAGGAGAAAGAGGAAGAGGAAAAAGAAGUGGAGAAACUUGGAAAGCUUCAGUACUCUUUGGAUUAUGACUUCAACGAUAACAAGCUGACAGUCGGAAUCUUGCAAUGUGCCGACCUGAUUUCCAUGGACUCUGGCGGAACGUCCGAUCCUUACGUUAAAGUGUUCAUCCUACCAGAUAAGAAGAAAAAGUUUGACACCAAGGUGCACAAAAAGACCCUCAACCCAGUGUUCAAUGAAACCUUUGUCUUCAAGAUGCCGUACCAGGAGCUGGGUGGGAAGACACUGGUCAUGUGUGUGUACGACUAUGACCGCUUCUCCAAACACGACAUCAUCGGCGAGGUAAAACUACCCAUGAACACUCUGGAUCUGGGUCAGCCGAUUGAAGAGUGGAGAGACCUGGAAAGCGCUGAGAAAGAGGAGCCUGAGAAGCUUGGUGACAUCUGCAUCUCCCUGCGUUACGUUCCUACUGCGGGCAAACUGACCGUUUGUAUCCUUGAGGCCAAGAACCUGAAGAAGAUGGAUGUGGGCGGCCUGUCUGACCCGUAUGUGAAGAUCCAGCUAUUGCAGAAUGGAAAGCGUCUAAAGAAGAAGAAGACUACAGUGAAGAAGAACACACUGAACCCGUACUACAAUGAAUCCUUCAGCUUUGAGAUCCCUCUGGAGCAAAUGCAGAAAAUCAUUGUGGUGGUGACGGUCUUCGACUACGACAAGAUCGGCAAGAACGAUGCCAUUGGAAAGAUCUUCAUUGGCAGCAAAGCCUCAGGCACAGCGCUGAAGCACUGGUCCGACAUGUUGGCCAACCCGCGCCGCCCAAUCGCCCAGUGGCAUCCCCUCCAACCGGAGGAAGAUAUCGACGGCGCUCUGGCUGCCCUUAAUGCCAAGAAGUAACUUCUCACAUCUCAACCUGACUAACCAACUAACUAACCAACCCACCACUGCAUGACACCCCACACUCAUCCAUACGUGCUCUGCCAGUUUGUUUCGCAUAAUCACCAACAAAAACACUGAAUACUCUAAAGAAUAUACUUGAAAAGAUGAACAAUAUCACAUGUUCGCCACAUAGUGUAAACCGAGGCAGGAGAAACAGACAAAUGUGACACAUUUGGUCCGAAAGAACAUUUGCAAAUAUCAAGCAAAAUGGCAGUAGAAGUAGCCAGCAAGAAAUACAUUUUUUAACACUGAUUGUUAAAACCCAACAAUGAAAGUGUCCAAAUUUAAAAGUGUACAAAAAAAAUCAGUAAACACACCUGGAGAAUUUUUUUUUUUUUUUGCAAUUUCCCUAUAAUUUUCCCUACAUCAUGUCACAUUAUUCUACAUUUUCAACUAGUUAACUGGAUUGUAUAUUAUAAGAGGUUUUUAUUUCAUCUCAUGAACAGGAAGGAAUUUAUUUCGGAUAUACUGGUUUUGUAAACUUGAAUUUUGUGCCUAAUCAAAAAGUGCAAAUAGAGUUUAUGUUACAAAUAUUUACACGUUUGCACAAUUAACAAAGCAAUGAUCACGUUCAGUUAAACAUCCCAGGAGAAGUAACUGGUGUAGAACAGAGUUGUUUACAUUGUCAGUGGGUAAAUCAGGCCUUUGGGUCAGAGUUGAAUCAUAAGACACGUGCAUUUAUGUGCCCAAAAGAAAGAAGAUUCAGGUCUAUGGUUUUGUAAUAGUGCAGUUGAUAGGACUGUAUUAAUAAAUGGGAAUACAUGGGCUAAUAAUUAAUGAGAUGUUGCAAUAUACAUUAAUGUUAAAUUCCACACUAGUCAAGCAUGGUUUACACAUAGUCAGUGUAAAGAUAUAGACACACAAAUAGAGACACGUUUCCUAACCAGACGCGAUGCGACUAUAGCUGUUUCCAUCCAAAGUAGUGAAUUUAACUUGUGCGCAAAUUUGGAAUAUCACAUGAAAAGUGCGAAUAAAGCAUUCAGUGAGACCAAGAGAACACUUCCUGAUAAACUGGCGCUAAAUAUCACUGUAUAUAAUAACUUUCGUGUAUAAUAUUUACUUGCCCCUCAGAGCGCGCAGACGAACCGCAUGUUUUCUCGCGUUCAGAUGCCUAGUGUUUGUGAACGCGAUCGUGUCAAGCGCUUCAUAGAGGGAAUUAAACCAAACCACUUUAAUGACAGACUUUGCUCAGGCAUUACAGAAUGACUAAAACAGCAUUUCAGAUUCUGUGCUACGAGAUCGGUCCGCUGGUUGGUCCAGUUAUGCCAUCCCAUCGCAAAGUCAUGUCUUUUUUGAUGCUCAUCGAGCAUUUUAUUCUGUAAAAGUGUUUCAUCGUAGAUUUUUACGUAUCGCAUAAGUUUUUUAUGCGCAUUUUUAGAAUAUAUGCGCAUAUUUGCAUUUCCAUCCAGUGUUUUUUUUAUUUUUUAUGUGAUAUUCCAAAUUGCGCAUAUAUAUAGGUGGAUGGAAAUAUGAGACGCAAAAAAGUCUGUCAAAGGACAAAGAUUGUUUCAGUUACUCGGUAUGUAUUUUUAAUAAUGUUAAAAUGGUGUAAUAUUAAUGAAU